AACCCAGCAAUUCACAGUCCAAUAUCUUUGAAUCCCAUACCGACGGAAAAUUCGAUGGGUCAGGUGAAUAUGCCUAUGACACAGCAAGGCACGUUACAACUCGAGAAUUACAACAAAGACAGUCCUAGAAGCAAUGAAUACGAAGUGGUGUUGAGUUUUAGCAGAGGUGUAGAGACUCAAGAAUAUUUCGCUUCCUGUCUCUAUUCAUCUCUAAGGAUGGGCAGGAUUUCCGUUUUCAGAGAUGAUGUUUCAACUCAAUUGUUGCGAAGCAUUAUUGAAGGUUCAAAAAUUUCAAUCAUCAUCCUCUCUGAACACUAUGCUAGUUCCAGAAGGUGCCUUGAGGAACUCACAAAAAUCAUGGAGUUUCGCAGAGCAUAUGAUCAGGUGGUUCUUCCCAUAUUUCAUGGUGUGGAUCGGUCCGAAGUUCGUAAUCAAGAAUAUAGCUUUGGAAAAGCAUUUCAAGGUCUUAUACAAAGAAUUUCACCCACCGAAGAUGAAGUGUCAAGGUGGAGGACAGCUCUCAGUGAAGUUGGAGGCCAUUAUGGGGUUCUUGUGCCUUAUUUCAAUUCCAACAAUCAAAGUGAGUAUACUCAGCAUAUUGUCCAGUGUGUUCGUUAUAUAUUGAAUACAAAAGGCCCGUUUGCCACGGAUGGCCUAGUUGGAGUUCGUUCUCAAGUGCAAGAAGUGAUUAAAAUGCUCCAAGAUAACAAAACAAAAGAUGUUGUUUCCAUAGGUAUAUGGGGAAUGGGAGGGAAGCUUGGGAGAGGAAAGGCUCAGAUUCUUUACUACAAAAUCUUCAUUCAGUUCUCAAUGAAGGAACAGAUACGGUGA